AUGUUCACCAAGCACGAAUCACUCUCUAUCUUAGUCGUAAAUCCCAAUUCAUCCUCAUCCAUCACCCAUGCUAUUGAGCGUUCUCUUCGACCACAUGUACCGUCCAAUACCAUUGUCGAAUUCUUCAACCCCUCCACUGGACCUGCUGGAAUCUCUGACGAAGCAACGGCCAGAUCAAGUUGUGAGGCAUGUAUGACCGAGCUACCGCCGAUAUUACACAAGUAUGACGGAGUUCUGGUAGCUUGUUUCUCGGAACAUCCUUUAAUUACUGAAUUACGAAUAUACGCUUCAGAGAAAGGUAUCUUACUAUCUGUUCUCGGUAUUUAUCAUGCUGGAGUCGCUACUGCGAUGCUCCAAACCACUGGAAAGUUCGGUAUCAUAGCUACUGGAACUGGAAUCAAGACGAACCUGAUCGAAGCUACCGCAAAAUUCCUCGGAUCAACCGAUUCAAAUAGGUUCGCUGGGCCCUUCACCACCGGUCUGAGUGUAGUAGAGCUGCAGGAAGGAGAUCAAGCGAAGGUAGAGAGGAACAUGAAGGCUACUACGAAAGGGCUGGUGAAAGCAGGAGCAGAAGUGAUCGUGCUGGGCUGUGGAGGAAUGUGCGGAAUGGAACCUUGGAUUAGAGAAGCGGCGUAUGGAGAAGGGAAGGAGAUAAAGGUGGUAGAUGGGGCAAGGAUGGGAUUACAGAUGAUCGUUGCUUUGAUAAGAGGACAGUGA